AUGGAAAACAAAUUGGGCUAUCUAAGGCCGGAUUUAACCACAAGACGAAAGUUGGCUUACCAGCCAAACCUCUCCAGGGAGGACGGCAUUUCCUCUGCUGUUCACCUGAGCCUAGCACAUUUGGAGGACAAGAACAUUCAUGUACGAAUGCUGUUUGUUGAUUUUAGUUCAGCAUUCAAUACAAUCAUCCCCCAGCAGCUGGUGAGCAAACUGUACCCCCUGGCUAUCAGCACGCCCGUGUGUAACUGGCUGCUGGGCUACCUCACUGCUAGGCCACAAGAGGAGGUGAAGCAACUGGUGGGAUGGUGCAGGGAUAACAACCUGAUCCUGAAUGUCGAGAAGACCAAGGAGAUGAUCAUCGGCUUCAGGAGAAACCAGCCCAGUCAUUCAGCACUCGUCAUUGACAACAGUGUCGUGGAGGUUGUCAGCAGCAUCAAAUUCCUGGGAGCCAGUGCAGCUCUUGGCAUGCAGGGUAGUGCCGGGUAUAUGGGCAACCCCGUCAAGGCAGCAGGUGGAUAUGGGGGUCUUGGGAGGGGAGCCAUUCAGCAAGGAUACGGCGCCAAGCCGGCCUACACAGGUGCUGCAUUUGGUUUGGGCACAGGAAGAGGGCUGGCUUUGGGCCCACAAGCGGGAAGGCAGGGACCAGGAUAUGGCAGCACUGGCUAUGGAUACAAAGGAAAUCCUUUAGGCGGUUAUGGGCCAGGUGCUGGCGUGUUCCCCAGGCCAGGACUCGGACUCGGUGCAGGACUUGGAGCUGCUUUUGGAAGGAAAGGUCUAAAUCCAAGUUAUGGUGCUGCUGCCAGAUAUCCCAGCGGAGGCACCAAAGCAGGUUAUGCUGCUGCUGGUGGUGUGUCUGACAGGCAGGGGGCAAGACCUACUGGUUAUGGUGCUGGCGUUGGUUAUCACAGUGGAGCUAAGGCAGCCAAACCAGGUUAUGGUGCUGCAGCUGGUGUUUCCAGCGGACUUGGGGUCACACCCUUUGGGUAUGGUGCUGGUGCUGGAUACCCCAAUGCAGCAGCUAGAACAGCCAAUGCAGGUUAUGGUGCUGCAGUACCCCGUGUACAGGGGAGUAAACCUACAGGCUCUGGUGCAGUUUCUGGAUACCCCAGUGUUGGAGGUGUUAAAGGUUAUGGUGCUGUAGCGGGUGUCCCCAGUGGACAGGGGGUAAAACCCACAGGUUAUGGUGCUGCUGCUGGAUAUCCCAAUAAAGGAGGGCUCAAGGUGGCCAGACCAGGUUAUGGUGCUGUUGCUGGAUAUCCCAAUAUUGGAGCCAAAACAGCCAAGCCAGGUUAUGGGACGAAAGCUGGUCUACCCAAAGGAGAGGUGCCUGAAUCAGCAAACACAGGAUACGGUCCUGGAACCGGGAGCUACCUUGGCAUGGCACUUGGCAAUGGUUAUGGAGCAGGUGCUAUUGCAGGUUAUGGAAAAGGACAAGGUGCCUACCUUGGCAUGGGUCUAGGUACUGGUUAUGGUAAUGGUAAGCACCCGACACCUUCUAGUUAG